CUAAUGCAUAGCUGUUUGAGUCAUAUCUCGGUCUAUUGUCAGGGGAUAACACCAGAGUAUUCUUCCAUCUUUGAAGUCUCCGAAAGGGAUGAAACUACAGCGCUUUCCAAAGAUGAACAGAGGUUUUUAGAGAUCAUGAACUCUCAAGUUUCCCGGAGUCCCGAGGGAAAUUGGAUAGCCCCUCUGCCUUUUAAAGCAGAAAAACCCACUUUGCCAAACAACAGGCAUGUGACAGAAAAAAGACUCUGGUCACUGAAGAAGAUAGGAUGGGAUCAAGAGCUGACCCCAUCGGUGAAAGCAGCUUGGGCAAAUUGGACUUCUCAAGCUGAAGGACUGGAAACCAUCACAGUUCCCAGAUCAAAUAGAAUUAACAACAUUCUAUCUAGCUCCACACCUAGCCAGUGGCAUCAUGUUGCCACAAAUGACAACCCAGCCGACAUCGCUUCUAGAGGAGCAUCAGCUCAACGAGUUUUAAGAUCCAGUUGGUUGAUGGGUCCCCGAUGUUUAGCGGAUGUCUACUUCCCGUUGGUCUUUUCACCUUCGGAAAACAUAGAAUUACCAGAGUCUGUUCCAGAAAUAACAGCCUGCAAGACCACCACUGCAAUCAAGAUGGGCCAAAGAUCUUGCCUGGAACCACACCGUUUUGAAUGUUUUUCGGAGUGGCACAGUCUUCUUAGAGCAGUUGCUAGGCUUAUACAUCGUUUAGCUUGCAAAGAUAGUGAGCCUUUACAGGUCCAGGAUAUGAUAAAGGCUAAGAGCGUCAUAUUCAAGUCAGUACAGAGAUCUGCUUUCAAGCAGGAAAUAGCUAGGCUAGAGCAAGGGCUCAACAUCCCUAAUCAAAGUCUUCUAAAUGAGUUAAACCCAUUUCUAGACAAGGAGGGUAUUUUGAGAGUUGGAGGAAGGUUAGCCAAAGCUAAACUCAAGGCGUGCAUAAAAAACCCCAUCAUCAUACCCCCUAAUAGUCACACUGCAUUGCUGCUCGUUCGGCAUCACCAUGAAAGGAUCCAUCAUCAGGGUAGAACUCUAACUGAGGCAGCCCUUAGAAAUGAAGGUCUGUGGGUAGUUAAUGCCAAAAGGUUGGUCAACAGUUGUAUUUUCAAAUGUGUUAAAUGCAGGCGCCUUAGGCGAAACUGUCAAAGUCAGUUGAUGGCAGAACUACCUCAGGAUAGGACUUUGACAGACCCACCCUUUUCCCAUGUGGGAAUCGAUGUGUUUGGUCCUUGGGAGGUUGUCACUAGGAAAACCAGGGGUGGUGUUGUAAAUAACAAGAGGUGGGCAGUUUUGUUUACUUGUUUAGUAAUACGAGCUGUCCAUAUAGAAGUCAUAGAAGGGAUGGACACUUCAUCAUUUUUGAACGCAUUAAAAAGGUUCAUAGCCCUCAGAGGGCCAAUUAAGUCAAUUCGGUCGGACUGUGGCACCAAUUUUGUAGGUGCGACCAAAGAACUCAAUUGUGUGUCUAGGUUUGGGAGAGACCCAAAGGUUCAGAACUUUACGAAUACUGAACAAAUUAUGUGGACUUUCAAUGUUCCUCACGCCUCCCACAUGGGUGGUGUUUGGGAGAGGAUGAUUGGUAUUAGUCGCAAAAUCCUUAAUGCCAUGUUUUUGAGUCAUAGGUCAUUGACGCAUGAUGUUUUGGUGACACUUAUGGCGGAAGUUACCGCAAUUAUCAACAACCGGCCGCUGGUUCCCCUUACCAGUGACCCUGAGAACUUACAACCACUGACUCCUGCACUUAUUUUGACACAAAAGGUGCCAGGAUGGAAGGACAUCAUGUUGCCAGUUCCGGACGGAACUCACCGUGCCCUGUGGAAACAGGUGCAGUCCUUGGCCAACCACUUUUGGAAAAGGUGGAAAGCUGAGUACUUAAGCCAGCUUCAAGCUAGAAGAAUCUGGCAAAGCCCACAGGACAACAUUGAGGUUAACAACGUUGUGUUGUUAAAGGACAAAGACUUGCCCCGCCAUGCAUGGCCCAUGGGCAUUGUAUUAAAGACCUUUCCUUGCCCGGAUGGUAAGGUCAGGAAAGUUCAAUUAAAGACUUGCAACAGAGACAAAGUGUCCAUUUUGGACAGACCAAUUAGUGACCUCGUGUUGCUUAUUGGAGAUGUUUAAAGUUCUAGUGUUUGUAUUGUCAUAUGUGCAAAGGUGUUUGUAUGUUUUUGAGUGGUAAAUUCCCACAUCCUGGGAAUUUAAGCGGGGAGUGUUCCGUCCCCCAGGACGAUGGUUUGCCUUACCUAUUGGUUGUUUGUUUGUUUUCCCUCCUUUGCAUUCUGUUUCAGCCUCUGGCUGCAAAAGCCCAGGAAAAGUGGCUUGAAGUCUGCAAGAGCUGGCUGCAGUUUUCUUUGCAGUGAUUGGUCAAAGAAUGCAACAUCUUAGGACCGCCCUUUUUACCAGGGUCUAGUCUCCAUUUUGGAGCUUCAUUCUGGCUAUAGUCUUCCAACGUGCUGGAGCUGUGCAAGGCUAACUGGGACAAAUCAUCCUCAAAACCAGGCCAAUCUAAGCCUAUCCAAAUUAGAUAAGUAUUGAAUUAUACUGAUCUGGAAUAGGAAAUCUAGUUAGAGGAGCAGGGUUAUUCCAUCGCUUCUAGAACUAAUCUUUGCUGUAAAGAUAGGGAAGGAAAGAGUUUCUCCUUCUAAUAUAGACAGCGUGAUUAGGGUAUAGUGGUUUUAUAAUCACCUUUGCCUUCUGGAACCAGGGAUAAUUCUGCAACUAAAACCUAUGGAAAUUUGUUUCAUUUUCUGCAACUUUAAGAUCUGUGCCAGGUUUACAACCUUGUAUGAAUAAACAUCCUUUUUUGAAGUUCUCCAGACUCAGUCGUUCAAUAUUUUAGGACAGCUUAUAGGGAUUUGCAGUUCGCCCGGAUAAAGGACGGCACGUUUCAGCUUUAUAGUUUUUUUUUAUUGUCUGGCGGACG